UUAAGCUGAGCGAGGGCCUUGGUUGUGUAAUCACGGCUCGAACGCGGCAGGAGAUGUCUCACUCGGAGAAGAACUGACCGCUUGCCUGAGUUUCUGGUGAUGGGAACGGAGAGUGCUGAUGUCAUCCAUAAGAAGCUAGUACAGGAAGAAGAAUGGCUGAAGAACUUCAAGGCCAACACACAGAAGAGCGAACAACUACGUGAAGCCAUAGAAACUAUCACUGACAGAUUUCAAGCCCGCCUUACCUCACUUCAGGAGAAUGUUCUACCUAUGCAUGAAGUGAAUGGAAGGCUACAGAUCAAACAGAAAAAUAUUCAGCGACUGAUCAAGACUAUUGAUACCACCAUUCAGUUCUAUGGGCGGACGAAUGAAUUGGAAACAUCCAUAAGAGAUGGAAAUCCUAGCCAUGAUUUGGAAGCAUAUCUUGAGAACAUGGAAUGCCUCCAACAAGCAAUUCAGUUCUUUGAGUCACAUCCGAACUAUCAGAAUCAAACAGAAAACAUGAAGCUCAACCUGGAGUCUGGCUACAAUGUCCUGGAGUCGGAGUAUCGCUCUGUUGUGCAGAAAAACACUGUUCAAGCUGAUCCUGUGGUUGUAAUAGAGAGUUUGGAUGAUCAGUACGAGCUGAUGGGCUCUCGUUCCAAAGACAUCAAGACAGUGCGCGAUAUGGCAGCUCUGACUAGACUUGGCACUUGGCUUCUUGAACGUGAAAGAACGCGGUUUCUUACCCAUUACGCCAAGAUAAGGGGUGACAAUAUGAUGCGAACAAUCAGUGCUGUGGCUCAGCACCAUGCCACACUGUAUGCAAAGGCGCCCUCCCGAACUGGAGCAAUCAAGAAUGUUCUCAAAAAAGCAACCGGAAGGAGCGAAAAAGACAAACGAUAUGCCGACAUCGAUGGCGGGGAAACGGAGGGUGCUUUAUUAAUGGCGGGUUGUCUGCUGGCUUUAUUGGAAGUAGAAGAGAGUGUCAUGGUGAAGACCAUACCGGAUACAGCACGAAGAGCGCAGGUUUUCCGCGAGCUCGUCGCAAACCCUCUGGGUUAUGUCAUACGCCACAUCCAACGGGUCGUACAGGAAAGUGAUAAGGGCGUGCUCCCGCUAUUGCCUUUACUCCGAUUUUUGUCUGCACAUCAAACUCGUCUCCAUAAUCUUGCCACGAACAGCAUGGCUGAUGUUCCAUUCGAGUCGCUGAUGCGACUUCUGCGUGUCAAAGGUUCAUCAUACAUCAACGAGUUUGUAGAAAAACUAAAGAACGACAACACCAAGUUCGUUCCUGUUGAUGGUAAUGUGCAUCCAGUCACCGUUGCGACUAUGAACUUUCUGGCAGCCCUUACUGCCUAUAGAGGUACUAUCACUCAGCAACUGCUGGUUAUGAUGGCACCACAAGGAACGAAUUCUGCGUUAUUGCUGCCUAAGCUUUUUGCUCGCAUACUGUCUGCUCUUGGAAUGACGUUGACGAAAAAGAGUGAAAAUUAUGACGAUCCAGCGCUUUCAAACUUGUUUCUUCUGAACAACUACAAUUAUAUAGCCAAGGCGUUGGAAGAUGACGAAGAUGGUUUGCUACCGGUAAUCAAGGAACAAAAUACACAGAUUUUGUCAUUUUACCGAACAGAAAUUGAAAAGUAUAUCAACAAUUAUAUCAGAAGUUGGCAUCCGUGCAUAGCAACUCUUCACGAUGUUCAUCGAAUCUUAGAUGAUAAGAACAUGAUCAGAAAUAUGCUUGUGAAUUUUACGCGUGAGUUCGACCAAACUGUUGCAUUACAACGCGACUAUUGCAUAGUCGACCUGAAGCUACGCGAACUUGUUUGCGAGAAUGUGAAGAGAGCACUGGUACCUGUCUACAUUCCUCUCCUGCAAAGAGUAACCAGCUGUGGAGAGCAGUUUUUCUCGAAGCAGUUGAAGUAUACCAAAGAGUCGCUCGAAUCCAGCAUUGAUCGCCUUUUCGAUGCUUCCACUUGAUCAUUUUGGUUGUCUGAGAGUUGUGCAGGCUUGUGAUCAUAAUCUGUUUGUUAUUUUUCUUUGGGUUAUUUUAAUCUAAGCUAGUAUUUCAUUCUGUUCCUGUUCUUGUUAUCCACAAUUUAGCUUGAAUUUUGGGCAUCAUCACGUGUCUCAUCACAACCAUCUAUACUCUGUAUUCGUACCCUAUCGUCCUACUUAGCCUGCGAUUCUCCGUACCCUACAUAAAUGCGAUAUGUUAACAAUCUCAGAUUCCAAAAUUGUGAUAAUUUCCCUUAGUCAGCUACUUAAGCAUAAUUCUGUAAUUGCAAUGUCCUUGUUUUGUGUUUACAAUGUUGCCGAUAAGAAUGAGUUUUUGUUCCUUCCUGAGCUCUCUUAUCUUGGACUUUUCACGUUGUUUUUCUUGAAAUUCACUACUUACAAUAAAGGGAUUGUUCA